AUGUCGCACCGUGUUGCCGCCAUCCAGCGCCAGGUCCUCGCAGGAUCCCCGGCCGUCAGUGGCGGCCUGGAGAUUUCCUCCGUGGCCGCACCCGAGGAUGCCUUCGCCCAGCGGUGUGCGGACAUGAAGGCCUGGAUGGCCACGGACCGUUUCAAGCACACUACGCGGCCCUACAAGGUUGAGGAUGUGGUGAAGCUCCAAGGAACGCUCCCUCUUCACUUCACUGGCGCGAAGUUGUCGGAGAAGCUCUAUUCCAUGCUUCGGGACCAUCAGGCCAAAGGAACUUGCUCCCACACUUUUGGAGCCCUGGACACCGUUCAGGUGACUCAGAUGGCGAAGUAUUUGACGUCCGUCUACGUCAGCGGCUGGCAGUGCUCGUCCACCGCCUCCACCAGCAACGAGCCAGGCCCAGAUGUUGCGGACUACCCCUAUGACACGGUGCCAAACAAGGUGGACCAACUUUUCCGCGCUCAGCUUUUCCAUGACCGAAAGCAGUUGGAGGAGCGACUGCGCAUGUCUCCAGAGGAGCGAAGCAAGACCCCCGUUGUGGACUACCUUAACCCAAUCAUUGCGGAUGCAGACACCGGCCACGGUGGCCUCACCGCCACCAUGAAGUUGGCAAAGAUGUUCAUUGAGAACGGUGCUGCUGGGAUCCACAUCGAAGACCAGAAGCCCGGCACUAAGAAGUGUGGCCACAUGGGCGGCAAGGUCCUGGUCUCAACGCAGGAGCACAUCCAGCGCCUUAUUGCCAUCCGCUUGCAGUCGGAUGUGCUCAACUCGCCGCUGGUCAUUGUUGCCCGAACAGAUGCCGAGGCGGCCACGAUGAUCGACUCCAACAUUGACCCCAUCGAUCACCCUUUCAUCAAGGGUGUCACCGUUAAGGGGGUGGAGACACUCUACGAAGCCAUGCGGAAGGGCACCGACAAGGACUGGGAGCAGCGUGCCGGCUGCAUGACUUACCCACAAGCUGUCAGCAAAGCCUUGAAGGCCAAGGGCAAGGAUAGCAGCCAGUGGGAGCAGGAGUCCCGGAAGAUGUCUUUGGAUCAGAUGAAGAAGAAGGCUGGAGAGAUGGGUUGCGAUGUUUUCUUCGACUGGGACGCUGCGCGCUCGGUCGAGGGCUACUACCGCAUCUCGGGCUCCACGGAGUUCUGCAUCGAGCGUGCCAUUGCUUUCGCGCCUUAUGCGGACUGCAUCUGGAUGGAGACCGGCAAGCCAAUUCUCGCACAGGCCACCCAAUUUGCCAAAGAGGUCCGUGCCGCAGUUCCCCACCAGAUGCUAGCCUACAACCUCAGCCCCUCCUUCAACUGGGACACCGCCGGCAUGACCGAUGCUCAGAUGGAGUCUUUCAUCUGGGACCUUGCAAAGUUGGGCUUUUGCUGGCAAUUCAUUACCUUGGCAGGCUUCCACUGCGAUGCCUUGAACAUCGACUUGUUUGCCAAGGAGUAUGCCAAGCGGGGAGCCGCAGCCUACGUGCAGAUGAUCCAGCGUGAGGAGCGCAAGCACAAGGUGGAGACGCUCACUCAUCAGAAGUGGAGCGGCUCCGAGAUUGUGGACGAGAUGGGCAACAUCAUCAGCGGAGGCCUGUCGUCUACGGGCAUCAUGUCCGCCGGUGUCACGGAGAAGCAAUUUUGA